AUGACAGAUGUGGUCUCUACGCCUCGGCCACGGCGGUCAACCUCUUCCUCUGGUGCCAUCUCUGCCCAUUCGGCCAUGGAACGAAGAGCCAGCCAGGAGACGGACGAGGGACCAAACUCAGUAGGCUCUGCUGGCAGUCGCGCGAGCAGAAAGCGCGUUGCCUCCAUUGAUAUCGAGGAAGCGAAUACCUCCAAAGUGAGGAACCUCAGCUUAGAGACCAGACCGAUGAGUAGCCAGAGCGGCAAGGACACCAUCUGUCUCUGCACGCCCGGACUCAAGAUCCCAAGGCCUCGCAACCGCCUGGUCUGA